GGAAUAUUAAAUAAAAUAAAAAAAGCACACGAAAAAUGGACCCAAAGCAUUACCGCGCCAAAUUUCAAAGCUUAAGAAACGAAAAGCAGAGCACUUCGGAUUUUGGUAGCUAAAUAACAAUGGGAGAAGAACAAGUGUUCCCAAACAGCAACGAACUCGUGGUUGCAGAAUCUCUUCUUCUCCUAUCCUUCACGCCUCCAUCUCCUUCUCUUCCCAGCAUGAUCAAACACGAGAGCUCCUUGCCGUUAAUUGAUUUGAGCACCGGAACUGUUUGCUUUUCAAAAUCAAAACCACAAUCGUGUGCCUCUAUUUUGUCUGAUGUGACCUGGGAUGGUGAUGGCUCAUCUGUAGAUGCUCAAUCACAUUCAUGUAGGAAGAAGCUUGAGGUGGUUCGGAAGAAGAGGUCACUGAGCUUCUGCAUUUCUGAUGAAGAGAAAAUCCGCCCAGUAAAGGAGAUGCCAGUCGUAACUAAACCGCCUGCUGCCUCUUCAUGCCUGUCGAAUGAGUCUGAAUCCAGCACCAUUUCCAGCGCAGGUAGCCAUGGCAGUGCCAGCAUCAUGGGCAAGCAGCGGGACAAGGCAAAACCAGUGACUGAAGUGUUGAAAUCAAAGAAAAAGCGGCCAGAGUUGACACACAUAAGACGCAGGUCAGAGGCUAUCUUGAACAUCUUGUCUCAUGAAUCUGCUUCUGAAGUCAAGAUCCGCAAGCUUCUCGGUGAUAGCCCUGACACUAGCAAAGCCCUGAGAUUGCUGCUCAAGUUGGAAGAAGUGACAAGAUCUGGGGCUGGAGGACAAAAAGAUCCAUAUAUUUACACAAUCAGAUCAGCACAUAAAUAACACCAAAUUAGCAAACUUCAGAAAGGGGAAUGUUAGAUUUUUAAAAACUUCAUAGAUGCAUCAUGCAUGUGUAUAACUCCACUAUUUACCAUUUUACGGUAUAGUGGACAGAUCAAUUAUUGUGAUGCUUUCAAGUAUAUAAUAUAUACAAAGACCUACAAGUACUACAUCAAGUACUACAGUUCAAAUAUGAAUGUAAGCUAUA